CCUUCAAACAAAAGCUAUAGCAUCAUUUGAGUUUUAAACACAAAACUGAAAAGAUAUCAACUAAAUAGAAAAAGUUUUCUAAACAUUAUCUUUCACAAUUAACUAACAAAAUUUUUGGUGUCAAUGAAUAACCGCGCCGACACUAAAGCCAAGUUAAACGCUAAUUUGAGUCUCUCCAAACAUUUGUCUUCCAAAAAAGGUUCAAGAACCUCGAACUGCGGUAAUCGUCUGGAAUUUGCCGUUCUAACUCUCAUACAAAACGUGCCCUGAUUUACUUCAACGUUAAACCAACAACUAUCAAAAUGGUCCACAAGAAUCGUUCUUCCCGCAAAUCAUGCCCCGUCAUGGAUGUCAGCCCAUUACGUCAUUCAUUAACUGCUUCUGUCAAUAAAUAUGAAUUGUCAUCUAGUCCACGCAUUGGCUAUAA